ACGGCUCGCUCUCCGUGAAGCCCAGGAAAGGGAGGAAGAGAGUAGGACCCAACGGAGAGUUGCUUGAUGACAGUGAUGAGUCUGAGAGAGGGGAGGAGGAGGCGAAGAUGCUCAUGCUGAAGAGGUCAAAGUCGUUUCGUCGUCGACCUCUGAUCAAGAUGCCCUCCAUUCGGCCCACCACAGCCUACUGGGUCUGCCACUUCACCCGAAAGGUGUUCCAAAAGAAUCAGUUCUACUCUGCCUGCUCCCCCGGCUCCCCGGCCCGCAGUGAAAGGAACAGCUCCUCCUCCAGCUCUCUAGGAAGGAGGCGGAGCAGCAGGAAGGAGUCGGUGGUUUCGAGGGACUCCUCCUCUCACUUCCUCUACUUGGACGGCAAGGACAGCCUCGAAGUCGACAAGUUCAGCGCUGCUCUCUCCCGCUCCAGCUCGCACAACCGCGGGCAUCGAGGGUCAGUAUCGUCCUCGGGCCCGGAUCGGGAGCAGGAGGAGGAGAUUGUGUCGGCGUCAGCACAAGAGGAGCUGCUGCAAGACUACGAGGAGGCGUACAAGCAGGACCUGCACAACCUGUUCUCUCCUACUUCCAUCGAUCAACCGAAGCCUGAGGCCGAUGCCGGGGAGGCAGAGGAAAGUGCGAUGAAGCAGGAGACGCCGGAGGAGGAGAUGAGGAAGGAAAAGAUGCCGGAGGAAGAGACGAGGAGAGCCAGGAAGGGUAGUGCGCCUCUUGUACGCGAGUUGCUUCGCCCGACUCGGGUGAUGUUUGACACGUCGCAGCGCGAGAGCGCACGAGGAUGCAGAGUUACGUGGCGAGUUGCCGGCACAAGAGGGGAGCAGAGGAGAGACCCGCUGCGACCGAGAACCAGAAGCGUCGUGAUGGCAAGAAGCAUGAGCAAGAAGGAAGGAGAGUCCGUUGACGACCUCAUCACCCUGUACGCUCAGCUCAAGAAGGAUGAAGAAGCCCGUCAGCGUCGAGGCCUCGUGGCGUCUGGUACAUGUAAAACUUCCGAGGAUGGAGGGAGCAUGUAGUGUAUGUACAGUAGCGAGAGUUCAGAGCUCAACUCUGACCUUCCUCGCAUCGG